UUUCCUUCAAAGUAAACGUUUUAAGCUCUAACUCUUUUAUUCGUUUUGUAAUGAGUUUCAUUACUUAUAUUCUAUUUAUUCUUUCUCUUAAAGUUUCCAGUUCCAUAGCAGGUGAUUUCAAAUCAUCCAUUAAUGAAUCUCAAUUCAUCAGUGAUGGAGAGACCAUCGUUUCACCAAAUGGAUUAUUUGAGCUUGCUUUCUUUAGUCUUAAGAAUCCAAACAAACGCUACCUCGGAAUUCAAUUCAAGAAUAUUUCAAUUCAAAAUGUUGUCUGGGUUGCAAAUGGUGGCCAGCCAAUCAACGACUCUUCUGCAGUUUUGACACUAAACAGUUCUGGCAGUUUGGUCCUUACUCACAACAACAACAUUGUUUGGUCCACGAAUUCUUUCACAAAAGCGCAGAAACCAGUGGCACAACUCUUGGAUACAGGUAAUCUUGUCAUAAAAGAAGAUAGCGCCGAUGAAACCUAUCUGUGGCAAAGCUUUGACUACCCAUCUAACACAUUGUUGGCAGGUAUGAAGUUGGGAUGGGACCUUAAAAGAAAUUUGAAUAGGCGUCUCAUAGCAUGGAAGAGUGAUGAUGAUCCAACACCAGGAGACUUUACUUGGGGUGUGGUGUUAAAUAACUAUCCUGAGAUCUAUAUGAUGAAGGGAGAAACAAAGUACCACAGACUUGGACCAUGGAACGGCUUGCGUUUUAGUGGUAUGCCAGAGAUGAGGCCUAAUCCUGUAUUCAGUUACAACUUUGUCUACAAUAAAGAAGAGGUUUAUUACUCAUGGAACAGCAGUGGUAGCUCUCUAAUAUCAAAAGUGGUACUUAACCAAACCAGUAACGAACGUCCUCGCUAUACAUGGUCAAAAUCUGACAAAUCAUGGAUGCUUCAUUCAAACAUGCCAGGCGACUAUUGUGACCGUUAUGGUCUGUGUGGAAACAACGGAUAUUGCAACAUUACUAAUUCACCAGUAUGUGAUUGUUUAAAAGGGUUCACGCCUAAGUUUCCUGAAAAAUGGAACUCAAUGGACUGGUCCCAUGGGUGUGUCAGAAAUCCUCCAUUGAACUGCACCAGUGAUGGAUUUAUCUCAAUGACAGGCUUGAAAGUUCCAGAUACUACAAAUACUAGCGUGGACAAGAGUAUUGGUCUAGAACAAUGUAGACACAAAUGCUUGAAAAAUUGUUCCUGCGUGGCCUAUAGAAAUAUAAAUAUAAGUGGAGCAGGAAGUGGCUGUGUUAUGUGGUUUGGUGAAUUAAUUGAUAUCAAACUUUUUCCAUUAGGUGAUCAAGUUCUAUAUAUCCGAAUGCCUGCUUCAGAAUUAGGCAAAAAUAAUACUGAGGUUGAGCACAGGAGGAACCUGAGAAAAAAAGUUGUAAUUAGUGUUUCUGCAGCUUUGGGAAUGUUUUUACUUGCUAUUUACUUUUCCUACAGAUUCAGGAGGAGCGUUGUUGGGAAGUCGACGACAGAAGGUGACUAUGAAAGACAUAUGGAUGAUCAGGAUCUGCCCUUGCUCAAUUUGUCGACAAUUAUUAUUGCCACUGACAACUUCUCAAAGAAGAACAAAAUCGGAGAAGGUGGUUUUGGACCUGUUUAUAUGGGAAAAUUAGGGAGUGGGCUAGAAAUUGCUGUAAAGAGACUUUCACAGAGCUCAAAACAAGGGAUGAGAGAGUUCAUUAAUGAAGUAAAACUUAUUGCAAAUGUUCAGCAUCGAAACCUUGUAAAGCUUAUCGGCUGUUGCAUUCAGAAACACGAAAAAUUGCUAGUUUAUGAAUACAUGGCUAAUGGUAGCCUAGACUACCUCAUCUUUGAUCGUACCAAAAGUCAACUGCUAGAUUGGCCAAAGCGUUUCGACAUAAUAUGUGGAAUUGCUAGAGGGCUUAUGUAUCUUCAUCAAGAUUCUCGAUUAAGGAUUGUGCAUAGAGAUCUCAAAGCGAGUAAUGUUUUACUGGAUGAUACUAUGAACCCAAAAAUAUCAGAUUUUGGAAUGGCUAGAACUUUUGGGGGAAACCAAAUUGAAGGAAACACAAAUAGAAUUGUUGGGACAUAUGGGUACAUGGCACCAGAGUACGCUAUUGAUGGACAAUUUUCUUCGAAAUCUGAUGUUUUCAGCUUUGGUGUUUUAAUAUUAGAGAUUAUAUGUGGGAAGAAAAAUCGAGUGCUUAAUCGUGCAAAGCAAACCCUAAACCUUGUUGCUUACGCAUGGACAUUUUGGAAACACGGAAAAGCUUCUCAACUAAUUGACUCGAACAUAGAGGAUUCAUGCAUUGUAUCAGAAGUAUCGCGUUGCAUCCACAUUGGACUCUUAUGUGUGCAACAAUACCCAGAAGAUAGGCCUACCAUGGCUGAUGUGAUUCUAAUGCUAGGGAGUGAAACGGCAUUGGAUGAUCCUAAGGAGCCAAGUUUUAUCACAAGAAAGGAAUCUACUGAAGCAAAUUCGAAUUCAAGUGGGAAGGAUAUAAGUUCAAACUAUGAAAUGACCAUAACUACUUUAAGUGUUCGACUUGAACUUCGAAAUGAGGAACAAAUUGUGGUUUUUAAAAACUUCCUCAUUCUUAACCUUAGACUCAGACACACUAGCAAAAUCCAAUCAUCAAUAACCAAAUACCAGUGUCAUGCAAUGGAAAUUCUUUCUUUCAUAACUAUGAUGAUUGCUUACAUGAUUGUACCAAUUAUAGCAACUAACUCCAUCAGUGUGUCUGAGUCUUUAAGUGAUGGUGAAACUUUAGUUUCAAAAGAUGGACAAUUUGAACUGGGCUUUUUUAGGCCGGGCAAUUCUACAAGACGUUAUCUUGGGAUUUGGUACAAGCAGGUGCCUAAAACAAAAGUUGUUUGGGUAGCAAAUAGGGCCAACGGCAUCAACAAUACCUUAGGCAUCUUAACACUGAGUACCACAGGCAAUCUCAUACUCCAGCAAAACGAAACUUCUGUUUGGAGUACACCAUCAGAAAAACAAGCACAGAAGCCAAUAGCAGAGCUCUUGGACAAUGGCAAUCUUGUGAUAAGAAACCAAGGAGAAACAGAUCCAGAAGGAGGAACCUACUUGUGGCAAAGCUUUGACUAUCCGUGUGAUACAAUUUUGCCAGGGAUGAAGUUGGGAUGGGAUCUCAAAAAUGAUUUUGAAUGGAGAGUGACUUCUUGGAAGAGUCCUGAUGAUCCGUCACUGGGAGAUCUUUCUUGGAGUCUUGUGCUUCAUAAUUAUCCUGAGUUUUAUCUGAUGAACGGAACAGAGAAAUACUCUCGGAUUGGACCAUGGAAUGGACUUCAAAUAAGUGGCCUGCAUGGUCUAACACAAACUUCUGUAUUUGAUUUCAAGUAUGUUGCUAAUAAUGAUUUGAAUUAUGUGUCUAAUAAGGAUGAGAUGUUUUACUCCUUUACCCGCAAGAAUUCUUCUGUCAUAGUCAAUGUUGCGUUACAGCUACGUGCUUUUAUCAUCUCUGUGUGGUCAGAGCAUAAAAAACUUUGGGUCAUAUAUUCAGAGACCCCACUUGACCAGUGUGACAUCUAUGGAACUUGUGGAGCCAAUUCCAUGUGCUCAAUUGACAAAUCACCUUUUUGCGAAUGUUUACUUGGGUUCGUUCCAAAGUCAAUGCAACAAUGGGCCUUAUUAGACAGGAGUCAAGGGUGUGUCCGCAACAUAUCAUUAAGUUGCAACAAUCCACAAAUGGAUAAGGAUGUGGAUGAUGAGUUUAUCAAAUACAGGGGCGUCGUAGUACCAGACACUACACAUACUUUAUUGGAUGAGAAUAUUGAUUUAGAGUUAUGCAGAACUAUGUGCUUGAAUAAUUGCACUUGUACAGCUUACACUAAUUCAGAUAUAAGUGGAAAGGGUAGUGGCUGUGUCAUGUGGUUUGGUGAUCUAAUCGACAUAAGACAGUUUGACACUGGUGGCCAAGAUCUCUAUAUUCGUAUAGCUCACAAAGUAACAAAGGCUUCAAACGGGCACAACAAAAGCGUGAUAACCAUAGCUACUACCAUUGCUGCAGCAAUUUCUGGGAUGCUUUUAUUUUGCAUAUAUGUGAUAUAUAAAGUCCGAAAGAGAAUUGCGGAUAAAUCAAAGACAGAAGAUAACAUUGAAAAGCAUCUACAGGAUAUGGAUUUACCGUUAUUUGAUCUGCAAACAAUUGUUAUCGCCACUAUCAACUUCUCCUUGAAUAAUAAGAUUGGACAAGGUGGUUUUGGAUCUGUAUACAAGGGAAAAUUAGCAGAUGGACAAGAAAUUGCGGUUAAGAGACUUUCAACAAACUCUGGACAAGGAAUUACCGAGUUCCUAACAGAAGUAAAACUGAUUGCAAAACUUCAACACCGAAAUCUGGUUAAGCUUCUUGGCUGUUGUGUUGGAGGACAAGAAAAAUUGCUAGUAUAUGAAUACAUGGCUAACGGUAGCCUUGACUCCUUUAUCUUUGAUAAAAUAAAAGGUAAAUUGUUGGAGUGGCCCGAACGCUUCCAAAUAAUAUUUGGAGUAGCUAGGGGACUUGUGUAUCUUCAUCAAGACUCUCGAUUAAGGAUUAUUCACAGAGAUCUCAAAGCAAGUAACGUAUUGUUGGAUGACAAGUUGAAUCCAAAAAUAUCAGAUUUUGGAAUGGCCAGAUCUUUUGGAGGAGAUCAAAUUGAAGGAAAUACAAAUAGAGUAGUUGGAACUUACGGAUACAUGGCACCAGAGUAUGCUGCUGAUGGACAAUUUUCAAUCAAAUCAGACGUCUUCAGCUUUGGAGUUUUACUCUUGGAGAUUAUAUGCGGGAACAAAAAUAGAGCACUUUAUCAUGAAAACAAGACACUUAACCUUGUUGGUUAUGCAUGGACAGUUUGGAAAGAAGGAAAAGCAUUGGAGUUGAUUGAGUUAAGAAUAAAGGAGUCAUGUGUUGUGUCAGAGGUAUUGAGGUGCAUCCAUGUGAGUCUGUUGUGUGUGCAACAAUACCCGGAGGAUAGGCCUACAAUGACAUCUAUAGUUCAAAUGCUGGGUAGUGAAAUGGAAUUGGUUGAGCCUAGAGAGCCAGGUUUCUUUCCGAGGAAAGUUUUUGAUGAAGGAAUUAAAAAUGAAAUCAGUUCAAAUGAGGAGUUAACCGUUACAUCGCUUAAUGGUCGAUAAAAACCUAGAAUUGAGUGUAUAAUAAAGCAGAUUUUAAUGGAUAGUAGAUUACCUGGUUGCUCUUGCCAGAAUCAGAAUCUCGAUGUGUGCCACUGCCAUGUUUCGAUUGUUGUUCUCUCUAGAAUCUUGUUGUGCGCUACUGUGGCGAGAAUCGUAGAACCAGCUUUGCUCACUCGCCAUUUCUCCAUUUUUUCCUUUUGCUUGAUUUCAGAAUUGAGAUUACUGAGUUUUUGUAUCUACUCUGUUUGAUUUCAUUUCUCUGAGUUAUGUAUUUAAUUUUUUUGAAAGUUGUACAUUCAACUAAAAAUGAUUUUUUUUUAAGUUAUAAAACAUUAUAAUUAUAAUGUUUCUAGUCCAAUUUUAAUUCUAGUAAAAUAUCAAAUAAUAGAAUGAAUUUUUUAUUCGGUUCUCUUUCAUAAUUUUUACAUCUUUAUCAAUAAUAGAAUAUCAUUAGUGAAUUCACAGGUGUCGACACCCCAUACUAAAAUGGUGUCGUAGAAAGAAAAAAUUGUUACUUGAAAUCGUUCGAAAUCUUCUCUUCCAAAUGUCUCUUCUAAAUUAAAUGAAGUGAAGUAGUUUUGACCGCUUCUUAUCUAAUUAACCAUAUUUCAUCUCUUAUUAUAGAUAAUGUU